CGCGCGACAGCUGCGCAGCGCCUGCGCACCGCACUCUCCGUCUGCAGGGGAAUUUAAGCGCAGGGGCACGGACCAUGGACACCGGCCCAGCAACGAACCGUCGACGGGGGGAGUGGAGGUCCAAAUUCGGUGGACGUCAUCUCAGGCCACGGGCAGACUUUGAGAGCUUUACCGGGGGACGGACCGAAAGUCAAGAGUCGGGAUUCACAAGAACCAGCAUCGAAUGCGCUCGAUCACGCUCACACUAGACACAUAUAAGAGCUAGACCUUUGCACAUAAUGGCAGACUCACCAGACAACAUCCCGGGCCCCAAGAAGGAAGGCCAGAAGCUAUACCUCUGGUCCCGUUCAAGCCAAGGACCAGUCGGGGAGGGAGCUCCGGGUUCAACACCUACCACAGCAUCACCAACUUCACCGUCAUCACCACCGGAGCAAGCGUCCGACCCUAAGCUCAACCCGACCGACUUCCAGAAAAACUUCCCGACGCAGGAUGGUGCCGCCGCGCCGGGGUACCCGUCCAUCGGCGAGGCCGUCAAGACCAUCAAGUCGGACGACUUCCUCUCCGUCACUCAGACGCCGUGCGCGCGGGACGGGUUUCUCACCGGUAUCGCCAGCGGCGCUGGUGUAGGAGGAUUCAGAUAUGUGUUCGGAGGCUCACCCAUCAAGGCGGCAAACUGGGCCGUAGGCAGCUUCCUGAUCGGCUGCAUCGGCUCCUACGAGUACUGCCAGAUGAAGAGGCGGCAGGAGCGCGUCAAGAUGAAGCGCACCGUCGAGGUCUACCAGGAGACCAUGAUCGACAAGCGCCGCCGCGAGAUCGAGCAGCUCAAGCAGCAGGCCGAGCAGAAAAAGGCAGAGGAGGAGGCAAAGGCCGCCAGCCAGAAGUCUUGGUACAAGUUCUGGUGAAAGGAACUCGUGGUAGAGAGAAAGGUUAGCACUCUCAAAGGGAUCUAUCUCUUGCCGAACCAUGCCUUGUAUGAAUAGUAUGUUCACAAAGGGGAUAGAAGACAGCAUCUGCGAGUGGCUUUGGCCCGCGAUGCACGUGUGUUGAAAUAACUGUAUCAUCAUCCAUUCGAUUUAGGGGUAUAAAAGAAAGACUAUUUGUAUCAUUUCAUCCAUUCUUCCUUGUUCCCCCCUUUCCUAUAAUUCCUGUCGCAGUCUUUGCUGCGUGAUGUGAAGGGGAUAUCGUGCUGGCCAUCAGUCAAGUGAUGAACCGCAAUCCAGAAAAGUCCAUUCGUAAAUAGACGCACCCAUAUGGUUCACCCAUAUGGUUCAUUAAACGCCCCUUAUCCCAAACGCCAUAAGAAGCCUUCCGUGGCCAUUCCUUCAGCCUAGGCCAUACCAAAGCCAAACGACAGGGCCCAAUGACACCAGGCCUCGUCGCAAAAAAAUUUCCCUGUUUGCACCCAUUCUGUGACUGUCCUUAGACGUUCGUCACAACUGUACUGGCUUCCGAUUCGGUGAAGCGCACCUUUCGCACGCCGCCGCCGCUGCCGCCAGCGGAAGGCUUGGAAGGAAGACCAGCGCCGCUUCCUCGUCUCCGCUGACUUCUUCUGGCCCUCGCCUCGCUCUCCUCCCUCUUCUUGUACUCGGCCAGCUGCAGCCGGCGCUUUUGUGUUCGUGCAUAUGCCAUCGCAGCUGUGGGCAUGAACCCGACCCCAUUAAUGCCUGUGCCGUCGUCGUCCUUGUCUUCUGGGUCGUAAAUCGUAAUCUCUUCCUCCUUCCAGGUGAGCGCAGCCCUGACCGGAUCCACAAUCGUCUUCAUCUCCUGGUCUUCUUGUUGUUGCUGCAGUCCAGCAGUGGCAGAUGCCGCGUUGGUCUUGUUGGUUCCCUUGCGGCCCUUGAGCGGUGGUGUGCCGGCGCGUCUCCGUCCUCGUGCUUUCGGAUCUUGUAGUUUGUCGAGCGAAGGCUGGGGGGGAUGUUGUUGUGCGCUCGUGGGUAGGGUUGUGGCGGCAGCAGUGGGAGCGUCUUCUUCUGUGAAUUGCGAUUUCGGGGUAGGCACCGGAUCGCUCUUAACAUCAGGGUCCGGAAUGACGACCAAUGCGUCUGCAGCAGUGGUAGCGGUAGCGAUCGCGGCGGUGGUAUUGUCGCCCUCAACGUCCGUCAUCUCCAGUUCGGGGACCUUGAUUCUCUUGCGGCUGGCAAACGGGUCGUCGUCAGAAUAUCCGUACCCCCUGCCGUCCUUGUGCUCGUCGCGCGUCGGGUCAUAUGCGGCGCUGCCGGGUCCAGCAGCAGCAGCUCGGUUCUGUUGCUGGGCUACCCCGCCCCCACCACUAUUCCCACCCAACGCCAGACCACGGAACUUGUGAACAACCUUGCUGUGCGGGCUCGCGCUGCCGUCUUCUGCGUCGCUGCUCUUGGGGUGGUCGGCAGACAGCUGGAAGCUGAAUCUGGAGGUUGUGUAUAUCGGCGACACCGGCGGGGCGUCUUCGUCUCUCUUGCGCUUCGGCGUCGUCGUCGGGGUUGGGAAGGGUUCAGCCAUAAUGCUGUGCUGUGUGUGCUGUAUGUGGUAAGGUAUACUGCGCAGGUAGCGCCGCACUUAGGCGGUUGAUGGUGUGGGCUGAUUUUGGGAAGGUAUCUGACUCGUUCGGGAUAUUGGUGGCAAAUAGGAAUGAGUCGGACGAUGCAAUAAGGCGAAGGACCGUAGUUGUCAGUUGGUAGGAUAUUGGUUCAGUUAGGUAAGUUGAAGUUGUAAGCUUUUAAUUCUCGAGGAUAUUGGGUAUCGUGAAUUUGUGGCGGUCAAGAAGCGCAAGUUAUCAAGGUAAGGAAGGUACGGUGAGGUAGUUGUUGAAGAGAAAGGC